CGUCUGGUCGCGGUCUCGGAAAGGUCGGUUUUCCGGAGGCUGAACGGGCGCGUCGUUGGAGCCCGGUGAGGCGCCGCCGGCCGGCUCGGCGGGUCCCCGGCUGCCCGCGCUCGGCUCAGCCUGGCGCGCAGCUCGUGUUCUGUCCGCAUCUCGGGGAUGCCUAGCGGGGGGUGGCAAAACAACUUCUCCCUGAAGCCGUCAAGUGUACAACCAAAGACCGCCCUUUUUCACUCCGGAGCCCCUAAUGCAGCUAUCUAAUAAAUGGUCAUAGAAGUAGCAGAGUUCACAAGUCCUGGAACUUUGUCCACUGCCAUGUCACCAGCGUGUUUUCACCCGGAACAGAGGGCAACUCUUUUUGGAUGGUGCGAGGAAGUAGACCUGCGACAGCGUCGGCCGCAACGUACUUGUUGAGUGUUGCUUGGACGCUUGUGAAAAACUGGAAGAUUUCGUAGCGGGCGCCUGGCGCUGUGCUGAGUCAUGUUUCUGCGCGCAGCGACUGUGGGGAGACAGUUUCAAAAGACGUUUCCCCUGCCCACCGCUGUGAUCACUAUUCUGAAGCCACCUCUGUGUCUGCACAGAGAGACUGUAAUUGGUAGUAUGCGCCACUUACAGUUAUCUGAAACAGCAAAGUUACAUUAAAUAGGAGAGGUUUUUCAUUAAGACACUCGGCAAGUGUAUUACCACCUCCUGAAUGGAAUGCAACGAGGGACAAAUGGAUAACAAGAGAGUCGCCUGACCAAGCCGAAGAUGCAGAGCACUCCUAAUCAUCUGUGGCUUCUGUCUGAUAUUUUAGGCCAAGGAGCAACUGCAAAUGUCUUUCGUGGGAGACAUAAGAAAACCGGUGAUUUAUUUGCUAUCAAAGUAUUUAAUAAUAUAAGCUUUCUCCGUCCAGUGGAUGUUCAAAUGAGAGAAUUUGAAGUAUUAAAAAAACUCAAUCACAAAAAUAUUGUCAAAUUAUUUGCUAUUGAAGAAGAGACAACAACAAGACAUAAAGUUCUUAUUAUGGAAUUUUGUCCAUGUGGGAGUUUAUACACUGUUUUAGAAGAGCCAUCUAAUGCCUAUGGACUACCAGAAUCUGAGUUUUUAAUUGUUUUGCGAGAUGUGGUGGGUGGAAUGAAUCACCUCCGAGAGAACGGCAUAGUGCACCGUGACAUCAAGCCGGGGAACAUCAUGCGUGUUAUAGGGGAGGACGGGCAGUCUGUGUACAAACUCACAGACUUCGGUGCAGCUAGAGAAUUGGAAGAUGACGAGCAGUUUGUUUCUCUGUAUGGCACAGAAGAAUAUUUGCAUCCUGAUAUGUAUGAGAGAGCAGUGCUGAGAAAAGACCACCAGAAGAAAUAUGGGGCGACAGUGGAUCUGUGGAGCAUUGGGGUGACGUUCUACCACGCGGCCACUGGCUCUCUGCCCUUCAGACCCUUCGAGGGGCCUCGUAGGAAUAAAGAAGUGAUGUAUAAAAUAAUUACAGGGAAGCCUUCUGGCGCGAUAUCUGGAGUACAGAAAGCAGAAAAUGGGCCGAUUGACUGGAGUGGAGACAUGCCUGUCUCCUGCAGCCUUUCUCGGGGUCUUCAGGUGCUGCUUACCCCUGUUCUUGCAAAUAUCCUUGAAGCAGAUCAAGAAAAAUGUUGGGGUUUUGACCAGUUUUUUGCCGAAACUAGUGAUAUACUUCACCGAAUGAUAAUUCAUGUUUUUUCACUGCAACAAAUGACAGCUCAUAAGAUUUACAUUCACGGCUAUAAUACUGCUACUGUAUUUCAUGAACUGGUGUAUAAACAAACCAAAAUUAUUUCUUCAAAUCAAGAACUUAUUUAUGAAGGACGACGCUUAGUCCUCGAGCCUGGAAGACUGGCCCAGCAUUUCCCUAAAACUACUGAGGACAAUCCCAUCUUUGUAGUAAGCCGGGAACCCCUGAGUACCACAGGGUUAAUAUAUGAAAAAAUUUCUCUUCCUAAAGUACAUCCACGUUAUGACUUAGACGGGGACGCUAGCAUGGCCAAGGCAGUUACAGGGGUUGUGUGUUACUCCUGCCGAACCGCCAGCACCCUGCUGCUUUACCAGGAGUUGAUGCGGAAGGGGGUGCGAUGGUUGAUUGAAUUAGUUAAAGAUGAUUACAACGAAACUGUUCACAAAAAGACAGAAGUUGUGAUCACGUUAGAUUUCUGCAUCAGAAACAUUGAAAAAACCGUGAAAGUAUAUGAAAAGUUGAUGAAGAUCAACCUGGAAGCAGCAGAGUUAGGUGAAAUUUCAGAUAUACACACCAAAUUGUUGAGGCUUUCCAGUUCUCAGGCCACAAUAGACUCCAGUCUCCAGGACAUCAACACCAGGUUAUCCCCAGGUGGGCUGCUGGCGGACACAUGGGCACACCAGGAAGGCACUCACCCCAGAGACCGGAGUGUAGAAAAACUACAAGUCCUGUUAAAUUCCAUCACAGAGAUUUAUUAUCAGUUCAAAAAGGACAAAGCAGAACGAAGACUAGCUUAUAAUGAAGAACAAAUCCACAAAUUUGAUAAGCAGAAACUGUAUUACCAGGCCACAAAAGCUAUGACACUCUUUACAGACGAAUGUAUUAAAAAGUACGAGGUGUUUCUGGACAAGUCAGAAGACUGGAUGAGAAAGAUGCUUCAUCUUAGGAAGCAGUUAUUAUCUCUGACUAAUCAGUGUUUUGAUGUUGAAGAAGAAGUGUCAAAGUAUCAAGACUACACAAGCGAGUUACAAGAAACUUUGCCUCAGAAGAUGUUUGCAGCCUCCAGUGGACUCAAACAUACCAUGGCCCCGAUUUACCCGAGUUCUAACACAUUAGUGGAGAUGACUCUGGGCAUGAAGAAAUUAAAGGAGGAGAUGCAAGGGGUGGUUAAAGAACUUGCUGAGAACAAUCAUAUUCUAGAAAGGUUCGGCUCCCUGACCAUGGACGGCGGCCUUCGCAAUGUUGACUGUCUUUAGCUUUCCGAGGUGUUUGAGAAAAGUUUCAGUUUGCACAAAAUAUAAUUGCUGGGGCAUUAAAUGGAUGCUGUAGUAAGUGGCUUUCAUUUCUACAAUUCAGUAUUUGAUGUGGUCCUGUAAAUAUGUACAGUACUGUAAAUAUAUUAAAAAAUAUGAAUUUUUGGCUGCUGUGAAGAUGUAAUUUUACCUUUUAACAUUUAUAAUUACGUGAAGAAAUUUGAACUCUGAGCUCAAGAAGAAAGCCAUGACCGACCAAUCUGUUGAAAUCCUCCGCUCUGAGUGAGCUAACAAGUCACUCUGCCUGCCUGCUGGGAUGUUUAUAACUGGAACCAUAAUUGGGAUCCUUAUGAACUGGAGAGACUGCAAGUUGACACAUUAUGAGUGGGAGAAUGGCAUGGUGGCUGCCGAGAGUGGGGAACAGAACCGAACCACUGUUUUACUAGGAUCACAAUUUUUUGAGAAGGAUAAAGUGGCAUUAUUUCAUUUUACAGGGGCCCAGAUUGCAAUUAUCCUUGAGUCCAUCUAAUUUCCAAUAAAUUAUUGAGCAAAAUUUCUUUCUUUCUUUCUUUCUUUUUUUU